AUGCGACUGAAAGGAUCAAAAGGGCGGCAACCAAGCAUAAAAAAGAAGUGGGAAGAGCAUGAGAUCGCUGCAGACGUGAUGGUGGUGGGCGAGCCGACCCUGAUGGGAGGUGAGUUUGGAGACGAGGACGAGCGGCUGAUCACGCGGCUGGAGAACACGCAGUACGACGCCACUAACGGUCUGGACGACGACGACGACUUCCACAGCUCCCCUGCGCUGGCAGCACACAACAGCGCACCCUGGGCCACCAAGCCCCCUAGUGGUGCGGAGGGGAAGGCCGAGAGCACCGCCGCACAGCCCACUCAAUAA